CACUGUAGACUGAGGAAAGUGGAUAAAUACAGUGAAACGAGGACAAAACAAGCAAAAGCAAAGAAAUGGGGGAAGCCACAGAUAUCUUGUCCGUUGAAGAGGCGUCGGAGAUAGUGCUGAGGGUCGCGGAGCGCCCGCCGCCGGUCACGGUGCCUAUCCACCACGCACUCGGCAAAAUCUUGGCCCAAGACGCCACUGCUUCCGACCCACACCCCCCUUACCCCGCCUCUAUCAAGGAUGGGUAUGCUGUGGUUGCUUCAGAUGGUCCUGGUGAGUAUCCGGUAAUCACUGAGUCACGAGCGGGUGAUGAUGGUAUUGAUGUCACAGUGACUUCUGGAACAGUUGCUUAUGUGACAACUGGAGGACCAAUACCUAAUGGUGCUGAUGCUGUUAUUCAAGUAGAGGACACUGUACCAGUAGAGAGCGCAGCAUCAGGUCAGAAGCGAAUCUGCGUGUUGAAACAAGUCUCUCAGGGACUUGAUAUUAGGCCAGUGGGUUGUGAUAUUGCUAAAGGUGAUGUAGUAUUGAAAUCUGGAGAACGUUUAGGACCUGCGGAAAUUGGUCUACUUGUGACAGUGGGCAUGACUUCGGUGAAGGUAUAUCCUAUGCCAAAAGUUGCUGUGCUUUCCACAGGGGAUGAACUUGUUGAGCCUGAGACUGAAUCUCUAAAACGUGGCCAGAUUAGAGACUCCAACCGUGCCAUGAUUAUUGCUGCUGUACAGCAGCAGCAGUGUGAAGUUCUUGAUCUUGGUAUAGUUCAUGAUGACGAAGAAGAGAUCGAGAGGGUGUUUGAUAGAGCUUUCUCUAGUGGAAUUGAUAUACUAAUAACCUCUGGAGGAGUUUCAAUGGGUGACCGGGAUUUUGUAAAACCCCUACUUGCAAAGAGUGGAAAGUUAUAUUUUCACAAGGUUAACAUGAAACCUGGAAAGCCUCUUACAUUUGCUGAGAUCCUUCAUGGAUCAACUGAUAAGAAGUCGCAAACGAAAAUUCUUGCUUUUGGUUUACCUGGAAAUCCAGUGAGCUGCAUGGUCUGUUUCCAUCUCUUUUUGGUUCCUGCGAUUCGACAACUUUCUGGAUGGACCCAACCUCACCUUCCUAGAGUACAUGCUCGUCUAAAGCAUUCAAUAAAGGCAAAUCACAUUCGUCGGGAAUUCCAUCGUGCAACUAUUAGGUGGGAGUUCGAUAAUGGAACAAAAACAUCUGGAUUCAUCGCUGAGAGCACAGGCCACCAGAUCAGCAGUCGGCUUUUGAGUAUGAAGUCAGCAAAUGCCUUGUUGGAGCUACCACCUACGGGAAACCUGAUUCCUGCUGGGACUUCUGUGGUUGCAAUUAUUAUUUCCGAUAUAAUCGGUUUUGCUGAGACUACUAGUCUGCCAUCAUUAACUUCAGAAGCUAUAUCACCUCAAACUAACCCUAGCCACGUAAAUGUCAAGUCUGAAGCUUCUGAGUAUAAAGUGGCUAUUCUCACUGUGAGCGACACUGUUGCGUCUGGGGAGGGGCCAGAUAGAAGUGGCCCAAGGGCAGUAUCCUUUGUGAAUUCAGUGUCGGAACAAUUAGGCGGGGCAAGUGUUGUUGCUACAGCAGUUGUUCCAGAUGAAAUCCCAAAAAUCAAGGAAUCAUUGGAGAGAUGGAGUGAUAUCGAUAAGAUGGAUCUCAUUCUUACACUUGGUGGUACUGGAUUCACCCCGAGAGAUGUAACUCCCGAAGCUACCAAAGAAGUGAUACACAAGGAGGCACCCGGUCUACUUUAUGUCAUGAUGCAAGAGAGCCUAAAGGUGACGCCAUUUGCAGUUCUAUCACGCUCUGCAGCUGGAAUACGAGGAUCAACACUGAUCAUAAACAUGCCCGGAAAUCCCAAUGCUGUGGCGGAAUGUAUGGGAGCUAUACUGCCUGUUCUUAAGCACGCACUGAGGCAAGUGAGGGGCGACAAAAGAGAGAAACACCCUCGCCAUGUGCCCCACACAAAAGCUGCUCCGGUUGAUACCUGGGAACAUAGCCACAAGUCUGCUGCCGCUGCUCAAGAAACUGGCUGCUCUUGUUCCCAUUAACACACUCACUUGUCUUCUGGAAUGAGAUUAGCAACCAACAAUAAAUGGAGCAUCAAAAAGAGUCGAGUGUCAGUAGAAACGGGAGUUGUUUUGUUGUAGUAAAAAAACAUCUGAGUCAAACAUAUAUCACGGCACACUUUAUGCUUCAUGUGUAAGCUUAUUAUGUUGUAAUGAUGUUUUUUUGUAAUGAAGUUGUAUUGCUCAUAUCCAUUUUUAUCCAAAGCAUACUAUACAUUGUUUUGUGCUU